CCUCACACCCAGCAGGUUGUAAAUUCAGUCCCUCAUCCAGGUUCUCGUUCAUUAGAGCGAAGUCUUCCGCCGCCUACAGAAUCUUCAUUUCGGCAGGAUUUCAUUUCAGCAUGCACAGCCUGUGGACCAGCAAACGUGACUUCUUUUUUUCUCUCUGUGUAUUAAUUAUAUCCGGAGGUUUGGGGGAAAUAACGUGUGUCCAUUUUAAGGGCAGCAGUGAAGGGAUAGAGGUGGACCAAAUCUACUCCCAAGACGUUGCCAGAUGGUGGGGAGAAUGGAGCUCCUGGUCAACUUGCUCUCGCACGUGUGGUGGUGGCGUGCGUUCCCAAGAAAGACACUGUCUACAGCAAAGGCUUAUUACAGUUCAAAAUGUCAACAACACUCUUUGUACUGGGCCUGCAAAGCAAUAUGAGCUCUGCCAAAAGCAAGUUUGCCCUGACAAUGGACUUAGUUUUAAACAGCAGCAAUGUUCAAACUUCAACGCAAAGGCUUUUGGUAGAAGAUACUACCUUUGGAUUCCACUUUAUCCUGAUGACUACAUUAACAUAUCUAAUAAACCAUGUGACCUUCAGUGCACUACUGCAAAUGGAGAACGUCAGCUGCUUGUUCCCGCACAUGAUGGCACAUCUUGUAAAGACAGGAUAUUUCAAGGAGUCUGCAUUGAGGGCAAGUGUGAGGUAGUGGGAUGUGAUGGGAUUCUUUAUUCCAGUAAAACUGCAGACAAGUGUGGAGUCUGUGGAGGAAAUGGCCUGUCUUGCCACCGUAUAUCAGGAUCUUACCGAAAAGGGAUCACACAGUUAGUGUUGGAUUGCAGAAAUCAUCAAGCACAAGGCUGGAACCAACCCCAGACAGAAUGCCAACCCAUCGCAGGACUCCCAUACAUGCAUCUGCUCUGGGGUUAUCUUUUUAUUACUAACAUCCCUGCUGGUGCAACUGACAUUCAGAUUAUUGAAAGAAGAAAGACUGAAAAUAUUUUAGCUCUCUCAGAUGAAGCUGGCAAUUUUUUCUUUAAUGGAAACUCCAUUAUUGAUAACCCCAGAAACUUUCAUGUGGCUGGAACGGUUUUUAAGUAUAGAAGACCAUCUAAUCUUUUAUCAGAUGGGUUUGAAUAUAUCAUAGCAUUAGGACCCACUGAUCAAGGAUUGAAUGUUAUGUACUACAAUAUAAAUGGAAAGAUGCCUCACAUAACUUAUGAAUAUACAGUGCCCACCUCUUCAGUGCUCAUAACAGUACCUCCAGCUAUGGAUGUGGAUCUCUACAUUCACGUUCCUGAACCUGAUUUUGAAAAGACUGUGAAAGAUCUCAAUAUGAAAAACGGAGUGGAAAAGCCUGACUCCAUUCCAGGCUCAAGCCACACAACAAUAGAUCUUUCUUACAAUGAUAAUGAGAUUGAUAGUGUUGAGGACUAUGGGUCAGAAAACUCAACAUCCUCCUUAGCAUUUGUCAGCAAUUUAGCUUCAGAGCAAGAGACGGAUGGCUUAAUCUGGGAACUCCAGCCCCCACUGAACUUAUCAACUGAUCCGAGUCUUCUCAUACUCAAGCAAAUGAAUACGUUUUUUCACAACAGGGUGUAUAACAAACUUGCAGACAAAAGUGGACAGACUGGAGAUGCAUCAAUGCCUGGCAUGACAAAUGCAAGUUUAGGCGAUCAGCACGAGACCAGACUAUCUUUUAAACAUCUCUUUUUGGGUAUCCUGUCCAAACCUGCUGGGGUACAGAGGUCUUGCAACAACAGGUCUUCUCACGAUGCUGGCUGUUUCAAAAAAGCAAGUGCUGAGUCACAUCCUAUCCAUCAAAACUCAAGUACUUUCCUUAAGAACAACUUGUCUCUGAAGAUCUUUUCAGGAAGCCUCGAUUCAGAGCUAAGAACAAGGCCUGAGGAAAGAGACCCAUAUGACUUGAUAUCUGAAAUGGAGUACUCUAUGCUCAAUUCCAGUACUUCUCAUAAUCUGCCGUUGCUCAAUCUACACAGUUUUCAGCCAGUACAAGCUCCUGCCACAGAAAGCAAUGAGUUUGAAGUGGAAUCCAUUGACCAUGACAUCAGUCUGGCUGACAUGUACAGAUGGAAGGUAUCUGCGUAUGCACCCUGCAGUUCAACAUGUACUACAGGAAUUAGCACCUCUUAUGCCAUGUGUGUCCGCUAUGAUGGGGUGGAGGUGGAUGAAACUUACUGUGAUGCUGUGACACGCCCAGAACCAACACAAGAAUUCUGCACAGGCAAAGAAUGCCCACCAAGAUGGGAGACCAGCAGAUGGAGUGAGUGCUCACGGACAUGUGGAGAAGGCUAUCAAUUUAGAACUGUACGAUGCUGGAAGAUGAUGGCACCAGGAUUUGACAGUUCGGUGUAUGAUGAGCUUUGUAGGAAUGCAGAGUCACCAAGGCCCAUCGAGAGGAAGAUGUGCAGGAACAAGGGGUGUGGGCCACAGUGGGAAGUCUCAGAAUGGUCAGAGUGUUCUGCUCGUUGUGGGGGAAAGGGAGUGAUCAGACGAGAAGUGCGCUGCUCUAUGGAGGCUCAUUUAUGUGAUCAGUCUUCUAAACCACUGGGAGAGAAGGACUGCGAUGGGCCACCUUGUGAUAGACGAUGGACUGUAUCAGAUUGGGGCCCGUGUUCAGGAAUCUGUGGAGAAGGACAAAUGACACGCUAUGUAGCUUGCAAGAACAGCAAUGGAAAUAUCAUCUCUGAUACUCAGUGUGAUCCAGAUCUCAAACCCCUGGCUGCAUACCCCUGUGGUGAUAAAAACUGCCCAGCCCACUGGGUGAAACAAGAGUGGGAGCAGUGCAAUGCCACUUGUGGUAGGGGUGUAAAAAGAAGGCUGGUCAUCUGUGCUGGACUAGAGAAUGGUGUCUACAAGGAGUUUCCAGAUCAGAGCUGUAAUUCAAUACCGAAACCUGAAGAGGAAGCUGCCUGUUUUGAGAGACCAUGCUCCAAAUGGUUUACCACUUCCUGGUCCCAGUGCAGCAAAACGUGUGGUACUGGAGUAAAAGUACGAGAAACAAAGUGCUACCAGGGUGAAGAAGUUGGCCAUAGCUGUGACACAUCAACCAAACCAGAGUCUCGACAGUCUUGUGAAAUCCAACCUUGCCCAACAGAAAUUCCAGAUGAGGCCUGCCAGGACAAGGCUUCUGCAAACUGUGCUCUGGUGCUGAAGGUGAAACUGUGCACUCAUUGGUACUACAGGAAAGCCUGCUGCCAGUCGUGUAAAAACAAAAGUCCUUAAACCACAGGGUCAGAGAAUGGAAACAGCAUGGGCUGAAGGCUUGAAAUAAAACAUAAGGAACUUUCAGAAUACCUGGACACUGAACGAACCCAGACAUGUGAAUCUGAGGAUGAACCACUGUGUCUUGCACAAUUAAUUUGUUAGGCCACUAACAGAGGUCAACAAGUCUUAUAGUUACUGCUGUUUGCUUCCAGGGGCGUACAAGAAGCCAAUGGGAAAGCAUCUGUUUGCUGAAAUGUAAGGUUUGUAUUAGCAGUGAUUGUACAGAUUAUAAUGCAACACUACUAAGUUUUGAUAAAUGUGCCAAAUGUUAUUCAGAUACUUUAAAAGGCUUUUCAAUAUAUUUGCUUAUCCCAUGUGUACUAAUUGUUUCCGAUUAUGUACUGUAUGUGUUUGCCCCAGGUUAACACAGAUAUAAAUGAAGGAUGGAUGAGCAAACAAGAUUUGAAAACUAUUUUGUACUUGUGUCAAAAUGAGUUAGGUAUUUGUUCUAAUUAGUUUUGAAAAUAAUUGUAGUAGAUUUCCCAGAUUCGUUUGAAAACAAAUUGGUGGUGUAGUAUAAAUGAAUUGUAGGAUUAUUACUAUCUCAUUUUAUUGGGUGAGAUCAAAUCUCAUGUUUAAUAAUAACAUUGAACUGCUGUGAAAUAUAUCUGACUCACACCCAUAUUAGGAUUUUUUUUAUAUAUUAAAAUAAUUGCAUUUUGUUUUCAAAUAAUUUAUUGGGUUUCCAGUAUUUUUACAAGGCUGUUGCCUUUAGACAAUGCUAACUUUGCAUGUUGCAGGGUGAUUCUCUUUAACAAGAAGUGUUAGCUGCUAUACCAUCACCUGGCUUGCUCAGAGGAAGAACUUUUAACUGUAAAGAUUACAGCAGGGGGAGCAUCAGUGCUGAAAAUGUUGAGUUACUGCUCCCAUGCAAAAAGAGCUAGCAGUGUUAAAUCUGAUUUAAAAAAAAAAAAAAAUUCCCAAGAUUCAGAGAGAAAUGUCUCUACGGG